AAACUGAGCCUGAAACACUGACAAUCAUAGUUUUCUUUGUACUUUGUGAAAACAAGUUAAAAAAAAACCUCAAACACAAUGAAAACCUUCGUGGCUUUGUUCGCCCUCGUGGCUGUGGCCUGCGCCGCCCCUCUGCCCCUUGUGCAGAUCAUCGUGAACGUGGAUGCUCCCGCCAAGCCUGUGGAAACUCUGCCGGUGCCCAUCCUCCCCGCCCCCGUAGUCCUCCCCGAACCCACUCUACCCGAGGUCGUCCUCCCCGUGCCCAUCAGCCCUGAGCCCGUCGUGCUCCCCACUCCCGUUGCCCCUGAAGUCAUUCCUGAGCCCGUUGUUCUUCCCUCACCCGCUGUACCCGAGGUUGUUCCUGAGCCCGUUGUUCUGCCUUCCCCCGUUGCCCCCGAAGUAGACCCUGAGCCCGUCGUGCUCCCCUCUCCCGUUGCCCCCGAAGUAGACCCUGAGCCCGUUGUCCUCCCCUCUCCCGUUGCCCCUGAAGUCGACCCAGAGCCCGUCGUUCUCCCCGCUCCCGCUGCACCUGAAUUCGAGGUUGACCCCGUGGUCCUGCCUGAGGCCGCUGUCGUCCUCCCUGAAGAGCUUAACUAAACAAACAUUGAAGAACUCGUCUGCUGCCUUCAGACCACCUGCGCCAAAGCAGAAGCGACGGCAAUAGAAGACACAAUACCAUUCGUGUGACAUCCCCGGCAGACGAACAAGUGGAUUGAACUCUACAAGACACAAUUUAAGCUCAAUAAAUCUAUUUCAGUAA